GCCUGCCUGCCUGCCUGAGCUGAACAAAGAUAAUCACGCAGGAAACGUUGCAGCCAAUCAGCUGUGGCCUUACAUCCUGCCAGCGAAUAGGAGCCACUCAGGGUCUGGCUUCUAUCAGACGGCCUUGAUCAGCGAGCCUGAAGUGCCAAGCCCACUCUGCUCAGUGCGAGGACUGAGACUGUCCUCCAUGUUGUUUAAGCAUUGACAUAACACUGUGUUAGCCAUGCAUCCACAGAGUUUGGCCGAGGAGGAGAUUAAGCAGGAGUCGGAGGUGGGAGAGGGGAUGGACAUCUCCACACGUUCCAAAGUUUCAGAUCUGGGAUCAGUUGAAGGGUCGGCUCAGAAACGCAAGCUGCCGAGCCCCCCUCAUUCCUCCAAUGGCCACUCGCCCUCCGAAACCUCACCUAGCCCGGUCAAAAAGAAGAAGAAACCGGGCCUUAUCAACAACAGCAAAGAGCAGUCAGAACUAAGACACGGUCCCUUUUACUAUGCCAAGCAGCCACUCACAGAGCCUGUUGAUGUUGUGCCACAGGACGGGCGGAAUGACUUCUACUGCUGGGUGUGCCACCGCGAGGGCCAGGUGCUCUGCUGUGAGCUCUGCCCUCGGGUCUACCACGCCAAGUGUCUCAAACUGGCCGCCGAGCCGGAGGGCGACUGGUUCUGCCCCGAGUGUGAGAAAAUAACAGUGGCUGAGUGUAUAGAAACUCAAAGUAAAGCGAUGACCAUGCUAACAAUAGACCAGCUGUCCUUUCUGCUCAAGUUUGCACUGCAGAAGAUGAAACAGCCAGGGACAGAACCAUUUCAGAAGCCUGUGUCUCUCGAACAGCACCCGGACUAUGCUGAAUACAUUUUCCAUGCUAUGGACCUUUGUACCUUAGAAAAGAAUAUCAAAAAGAAAAUGUAUGGCUGUACAGAGGCAUUUUUGGCUGAUGUGAAAUGGAUCUUGCACAACUGCAUCAUUUAUAAUGGAGGUAAUCACAAGCUGACAGCAACAGCUAAAGUCAUCAUUAAAAUAUGUGAACAUGAAAUGAAUGAAAUUGAAGUCUGCCCCGAGUGCUAUCUGUCAGCUUGCCAAAAGAGGGAAAACUGGUUUUGUGAACCAUGCAGUAACCCCCACCCCCUGGUGUGGGCCAAGCUCAAAGGGUUUCCGUUCUGGCCAGCCAAGGCCAUCCGAGACAAGGACGGGCAGGUGGACGCUCGCUUCUUUGGACAGCAUGACCGGGCUUGGGUCCCUCUGAACAACUGCUACCUCAUGUCUAAAGAGAUCCCUUUUUCUGUGAAAAAGACCAAGAGCAUCUUCAACAGUGCAAUGCAAGAGAUGGAGAUCUAUGUGGAGAACAGCCGCAAGAAGUUUGGCGUCUUCAACUAUGCCCCCUUCAGAACACCCUACACGCCUGACAACCAGUUCCAGAUGCUGCUGGACCCUGCCAAUCCGGCGGUGGGCUCGGUCAAGCCCGAGAAGCAGGAGAAGAUCAAGUUCAGCUUCGACAUGACGGCCUCUCCCAAGAUUCUCCUGGGCAAGGGCGCAUUGACGGCCAGUGGAGGGCGGCGGGUCUCCCUGACGGACAUGCCCCGCUCUCCCAUGAGCACCAGCUCCUCGGUCCACACGGGCUCUGACGUGGAGCCUGACACCACAGAGAAGGGCGGACCUAAAGUUGGGUCCAGCCACCUCAGCACUGGGGAGGAGUCCAUGGACUGUGCAGGGUCUCCUGCUCCCUCUAAAACUGGUCCUGCAGGCAGUGUGACUGACAGCCCCAAGCCCUUCUCCCCUCAGGCCUCCACGCCUAUAGUUCCCAAACAGGAGAGGACAUCCAGCACCGGCAGCAUCCUCAACCUCAACCUGGAUCGGAGCAAGGCGGAGAUGGACCUGAAGGAGCUGAGUGAGACUGUGCAGCAGCAGCAUUCAGCUCCGGUGGUGCUCACCUCCCCUAAGAGGCAGAUCAGGAGCCGCUUUCAGCUCAACCUGGACAAGACCAUCGAGAGCUGCAAAGCACAGCUGGGGAUUGAUGAGAUCUCUGAAGACGUGUACAAGGGCGUGGAGCACAGCGACUCGGAGGACUCGGACAAGUCGGACUCCAGCGACAGCGAGUACGCCAGCGAGGAGGAGCAGAGGCCGAAGAGGGGCGAGACGGAGGGCGAGACGGAGGGCGAGGACAAGGACGACAAGGCUGAGAAGGACCCCAAGAGGAAGCCCCGGACGGCCUCCGUGGAGGAGGACAAGGAGAGCGGGGCGGAGGCUGCCCCCGAGGCCCCGGCCCCGGCGGGCGAGAAGAGACCCGCCGACUCGCCCGCCAAGGAGAAGCCCGGCGGCGACGCCGACAAGGAGCCCGCAGAGACGGCCAGAACGCCACAGACCACCGCCGCCAAGGACAAGCUCCAGACCAAGGAGGAGAGCCCGCAGCCCCCGCCCGACGAUCAGGACAUGGACUCAGACUCCGAGCGGAAGCUCGUCAUCGACUUCGAGGGCGGCCAGGACCGCAAGAAGAGCAAGAAGGAGCCCGCAGGGACGGGUGACCCUAAAGAGCCCCCCGCUGCCAAACCCGAGGGUAAAACUCCAGCACCCUCCAACGCAGUUCCACCGCCCCCCAUCGAUGCGGCCUCCUCCACCCCAAGCAUGAAAGACUCCACUCAGCCUCCCAUCACCAUCCCCCUCAACAUGGUCUCCUUCACGGCAUCGGCCCUCCUGCCCAACGCGCCGUCCACCGUGAAGAAACAGCGCCCCCUGCUGCCUCGGGAGACCGCCCCCGUGGUGCAGCGCGCCGUGGUGUGGAACCCCACCACCAAGUUCCAGACGUCGUCGCAGAAGUGGCACCUGCAGAAGGUGCAGAGGCAGCAGCAGGGCCAGCAGCCGUCUGCGACCGUGCAGACGCCCGCCCAGACGCAGGGCAGCCCGCAGCAGCUGCCCCCGCCCGCCCAGACGCCCGCCACCACCACACAGCAGCAGUCCCCCAGCACGCGCUACCAAACGCGGCAGGCGGUCAAAGCCGUUCAGCAGAAGGAUAUCCCUCAGGCCACUCCCACCACGACGGUAACCUUGGUGACCACCACUCCGGCUGUGCCCAUGAUUGCUGCCCCCUUGACGGUCAACACACCCUCGUCCUCUGGGGACUUCCAAAUCGCCACCACCUCCGCUGAUGUGGCAGCGGACAUCGCCAAGUACACCAGCAAAAUCAUGGACACAAUUAAAGGUACAAUGACAGAGAUGUACAAUGAUCUCUCAAAGACUACAUCGGGAAACACUGUAGCAGAGAUUCGCCGUUUGAGAAUUGAAAUUGAAAAACUUCAGUGGUUACAUCAACAAGAGCUUUCAGAAAUGAAGCACAAUUUAGAGCUCACCAUGGCGGAGAUGAGGCAGAGUCUGGAGCAGGAGAGGGAGCGUCUGGUGGCUGAGGUGAAGAAGCAAAUGGAGGUGGAGAAGCAGCAGGCGGUGGAUGACACUAAGAAGAAGCAGUGGUGUGCCAACUGCAGGAAGGAGGCCAUCUUCUACUGCUGCUGGAACACCAGCUACUGCGACUACCCCUGCCAGCAGGCCCACUGGCCCGAACACAUGAAGUCCUGCACGCAGUCGGCGACUGCCUCUCAGCAGGAGUCUGAGACAGAGGCAACCACAGACGCUACGAGCAAAACUCCCGGACAGCCGGCCAGCGGCCAGUCAUCCCCAACAGAGGCCGCCGCAGCGCCUACAGAUACGGACUGUAGCCCGGAGAAAAGCAAGGACAGCAGCUCCGUCAGCGUGUCCUAACGGCUGCCCCACAGCGCUCAGUAACUGUGUCCUCACCUCUGUCUGACAGUGCUUCAAACGUCUUCAUGGACUAACCCUAUCCAAACCUCUGUAUCACAGCGCUUAGCCUUCCUUAAGGUCUCCGUAUCAGUGCUUCCUGUUCAUCAGGCAACACUGUUAGCAUAUCCUGACCCCUGUCGCACUGCACUGAGUAUCUCAACGCCUCCUGCUCGUUAGCCCUGGCUUUGUAAAAAAAGUACCGGUUUUAAAAACUAAACAAAAUCGGUCUUUGCUCAGUCCUGGGUAAUGCCCUCCCUUCCGUUCGUUACACAGAUGUGUUCUGGUAUUGUAGGCAGCUACAGCAGGCAUAACAGUGGGGGAACAGGUGAUCCAUCUGCUGCCUGAAGCAACAUUCUCAGGUGUGCCUGCAGAAGUGCCAUGGUUCAGUUCCAUCAGGACUCACAGUCCCUUCCACACUCCACACCACAUACUCCAACAGUUAGGGAAGACAAUUCUGUAUUCUACAGGGGAGGAGCGUGUCUGUUCCAUUCAAAUAAGGAGAAGAUAAAGCAUUGAGAUGUGUGGCACUAAAGCAUGUCUGUACUGUGUCUCUCACAGUAAAGGGAGGAGAUUACCAUUUUCACCUACAAUGAGGAGUCCUUGUUUCCAAAGGUUUCUUGCUCAGGGUUCUUUUGUUAUUUUGGCACGAAACCUGAGAUGUGGACUCUGGAGGUCCCUCCAGACAGGGAUUACGCUGUUAUUACGCUUCUUCCUUCUUUGUCAAACUGUGUAUAAGCUGUCAAUGGGCUAAAGCAAUCAGAGAGGUGCAUCUAAUGGAAAUUUGCAUAUGUAGCAAAAAUAAUUAUCCCAUAUUUGAAUUUUAAAUUGCCCCCAACACAUUCUUAGCAUUUAAUAAGAGUGCAUAAAAACUUUAGCUUAAGGUACCAGCAUCACAGACUAGUACCAUUACCUUCCAAAGAACUCUCAACGACUCAGUCCAAGUACACAUACAGUACAUACUCUGUAUAUAAGCACACAUCCUAGAUCUGUUUUAAGUUAUUUAUUUUAAAUUAUACAUGAUAUAGUGGAAAUUGUUACUGUGUAAUUGGCAGUGAUUACUAUGUAAAGAUGCCUUUUGCACAGUGGACGAGUUGUAUUUUGAAACCGAAGUUUUAUAUGAUAUGGUACUGAGACCAAGUGAUGUGAUGUAUGAGAGCGAUAAUUUCAGCUUGUCUUUGUUUCUUUUCUUUUUUACUGUCAUGUACAAUAUUAUUGAUUUAUAUUCAUACUCUUGUUUUAUGAUGCAGUAGAGGAAAAUAUGUAGACCUAUAUCUUAAAUUAUACAUAGAAUCUAAUGCAGAGUGAUUCAAAAUUGUACAUUUUUUAUUAAAUGAGAUAUGAACAACUGUUAUUCUUUACAAAGCUUAUGCACUUCUCAGUGCAUACUUUUCUGCCUUUUAAACAAUGUAUAAGAAUUGUACCUCCCAGAUAAUAGAGCUCUUUGUUCAUGAGCUUUUGGAAAUUGUGGGAGGAAAAUAAAACGGCAAAAGGUUAGCAGAUGCCUUUUUUUAAAAACUGUAGAUAUAGAACUACAAGAUCAGACGUAUCAUUGUUUAAGAUACUCAAAUCCUUUCCAGUGUAACAUCCUGAAAUAAUGUGCAUAUAAAGUCCAGUAUGACUACCCAGCUUGCGUAUGUUUGACUGACCCUCUCAGUGGAAUGUCUGGUCUCGCAUUUCUAUUUCUGCAGCCCUGACCACAAACUGUCAUCUUCGGUCUGAGCCAGCUCUCAAAGCUCUGUUGUAUUGACUGUUAAUAUGUGUUUGUGUGAUGGUAUGAUUCUUCCCAACAAUGGAAAGAAGGAAAAGGAAAAAUAAAAAGGUGACUGUA